AUGAUCGACCUCCGCAAUCAUGGCCUCAUCUUGGGGCUGAUUGUUCUUGUGGCUCUAGCUACCCCGGCGGCAGCUUUUGGAGCUGGGAACAUCGCUUCCACUUCCAAAGUCGAGGGCCAAAAUUGGCGACACGGUGACAUCGAAGAUGCCCUCCUCACACUGGCCAUGGCUCGUGCCAUGAAGCAUAAGAAUUUCAACAAGAUCAUGGUCUCUAGGGUUUACUUCGGCAACUGGCUCCGAGACUAUUCUCAAGCUAUUGACGUCGGUACUGUCAAGUCUGUCUCUGCCGAAGCCAUCCGACUCCUCCUAUGCGUUCUCGGUUUCUUGACCUUUGGCUACGGCUCUGGUGAAUUCGAGGUUACUGCCGACCGUCUUGGUUGCUAUCGCCCGGAAGAUCACAUUGACAACCCCAAAAACUACGCCGACAAUCAGGAUGCUAGGCAGUAUGACCGCCGCCUUCGAGGCCCCAUUGAUGAAUCUAGAGAGCUGUCCAUUGAUCCUGAGUCUGGCAUGAAAAAUUACAUUGCGAACGAACGGGCCGGAAUCAUGACUUCCGCCAAGCACGUGAGAAAUCUUUUUGGCCGAUGCAUCGAGCUUGGUCGCAAUUACAAGAAUGGGGGGAGAAAGGAAGAUCUCUAUGAGUCCCUCCGCCUUAUGGGAACUGGCCUUCACUGCUUGGAAGACUUCCUCGCCCACAGCAACUACUGCGAACUGGCUCUUAUCGAAAUGGGUGAGCGAGACAUCUUCCCUCAUGUUGGACGGGACACCCUCAUUCGCCUCGAAGGCGCCAACGGCGAUGUCUACCCCAUUGUCACUGGUACCUUUGGUGGUGUAGAUUUCCUCCACUCCGUCGUUGGUGAAGUAUCCGACAAGAUGACCCAGAACGAGAUUGAAGAGCUUGAGGGGACUCUUCAGGAUAGCAAGAACUCCGAUACUAGCCUGCUGCGUGAGCUCCUGGACAAGAUUCCUGAUGGUCUCCUUGGUGGCAAGGACCAGAAGAGCCGAAUCAACCAGAUUCAGGAGAAUGCAUCGGCGUCCCAGGUUGAGAACAUGUCUGUUUCCCCGCGAAACCCAGAGGAAUUUACCGUCUACGUACAGCAAGUAUAUAAGCAAAUCAUGCCUGCUAUUGAAUUCCACGACGACAUCAUGAAGGGCAUCACCUCGGCAGUUGAGAAGAUCCCGGUCUUGCCAAAAAUUAUCGAACAGUUGGAGGAACAACUCUCCAGGUUCGUCUUUUCAAUCAUGGCACCUGUUGUUGUACCCCUGAUCCGCCAGAUCAAGAACGAACUAGCCACCGGUUCUGGCGAAGUGAUCAAGAGCAGCGAAAACGAGCAACACGUCGUCUUCAAUGACGACCGAUCAACAGAUCCUACUCACUCCAUGCUGUCCAAGGAUCACUUCUCCAACAUCCUCAAUGAGAUAGCUGGUCGAACCGCCGCUAAGAUGAUCAGUUGGGUCGUUCCCCAGAUCAUGGAUGCAAUUGAUGAUGACAGCACCGAUGUAGAUCGUCUCUGUGAUCGCGUCAUCAACGGCAUCUUGCAUCAUCCAGCUCAGAGAGACAUGGGUAGAGAUGGCGUCUCCGAGGCCCGCAACACCAUGUUCAAGGAAGUGACGUCGUGGUGGGAAGAGCUCCGCAGUGAGCAGGAUUCCUACCGCCAAAAGUUGUCUCGCGAUGGUGUCAUGAGGGGUGAGAACCACAAGGAGGGUGUCGAUGACACUGGCCACGGGCAUGGCUGCGCUGGCAAGCUCAAGAUGCGAAAGCUCUACGGUGAACCGGACACUCUCGAGAACAAGAUUGCAGGGGCAGCUGCCGAUGCUAUUGUUUCUGGAGCUACAGGACUGGUCGCAGGCAUUGUCGAGCAGAACACGGGUUACAAGUUGCCCACUGGACAGAGCUCACAACAAAACCAACAGGAGGAAGAAAAAGGCGGACUCGAGGGCUUUUUGAGCAAAGCCGGCUCCAUUCUUGGUGGCGCCUUCGGCAAGGACGAAGACGAGAGAAAGGACAGUGGCCGGAAUGAUAACGACUCAUUCUACUCGCAGAGCCAGUCGAGCUACGGCCGUCAGGAUAGUAGCUAUGGUCAGAGUCAACAGAGCAGCGGCUACGGGCAUAGUCAGCAAUCUAGCAGCUACGGCCAGAGUCAGCAGAGCAGCAGUUACGGUCACAGCCAGCAGAGCGGGCGUCAUGAAGGUAACAACCGCCGACGCCACGAUGACGACGAAAGUGGAGGCUAUGGUGGCCGCCAGGAGUCCAGCUAUGGCGGAGGCAGCGGAUAUGGUCGUCAGGAAAGUAGUUACGGUAGCAGCCCUCACCACGGCCGCCGCGACGAUGACAACCAUGGCCGUCAAGAGAGCAGUUAUGGCGGACGAGAGGAUAGCUACGGCGGCAGUGGUGGCUACGGUGGUGGCCGUCAAGAAAGUAGCUACGGCGGUCGUCAGGAAGGCUACGGUGGCAACAGCAGCUAUGGUCGUCAAGAAAGCUACGGCGGUAACAGCGGCUAUGGCCGACAGGAGAGUAGCUACAGACGUGAGGAUGGUGGUUACGGGGGCCAGGAAAGCGGCUACGGUGGCGACGGUGGCUAUGGCCGUCAAGAGAGUGGUUAUGGCGGAAACAGCGGGCAUGAUGUCAAGUGA